UCUCUUUUCCAGGACAGUUUAAAAUGGCGCCAUUUAAAAGGUACACUUACGUAACUAUUUUCAUUACAACCUUAGUAACAAGCGUAAUUGGUCAGAACUUUGACCCCACGGUAUGCAUGACCCUGGAGGAUGGGACGCUUGUCCCCAGUCCGUUUGAUUGUACCAAAUUCUUUGUCUGCGAAAGUGGAAUGCUUAGCGAAGAAGCCUCUUGCCCACCAAAUUUGUGGUUUAAUCCAGAAACAAGUGAUUGUGAUUUUCCGGAAAAUGUUGAUUGCGGUGAUGCUCCGAUACCAGAGACGGAAGAGACAGAAGCGCCGGAAGAGACGGAAGCACCAGAAGAGACAGAAGAUGAAACAACUGUUACGGUGAGUUCGACGGAAUCAACCAGUUCUUCAGCGCCAUCCGAAGACUGUCCAGAGGAGGAUCCAGAAAGUCCGGUUUUCCUACCUGUGGUCAACGAAUGCAACGCUUAUGUGUUAUGCUUCCAUGGGAAGAAAAUCAUGAUGAAAUGUGCAGAAAAUCUGUACUGGAACAGUAAAAUUAAUAGCUGUGACGUAUUGUCCAAUGUUCAAUGUUAUGAAGAAGAUCCCUACGGCUGCCCUCGGGAAGGAAUCGAAAUCCUUCCUCAUUCCUCCGAUUGCAGCAAGUAUGUAUACUGCCAUGACGGGGUUUCACGUGUGCAGAGCUGUGCCUUUUUCCAUGUGUUUGACAAGGAACAAAAACUGUGCAUCAUUGGUAACACCUGUUCCUAGAUGGUUGUGAUUUUCUCCAAUGAACUUAUCGUGUACCGACUAUUGCUUUUUUCCCGUGCUACCAAACAAAGAUUAUUUGUUUAUUUCGAAAAAGUGUUUUUCAAUUAAGCAGAACAGUAUUACAUCAACUUAGUUUAUUGCAAGGGUUCACAUUUAAUCUAAGCAAUUAGUUAACUUACUAAUAAAACCACGAAACUCAA